GGCACGUAUAUGUAUGUGUAUAUACAUGUAUGUGUAUAUACAUGUGUAUAUAUAUACAUGCAUGAAUCUAUCACUCACCAUUCUCUUGCAACACACGCCUCAACCAAACAGUCAACAGUUCUCAUCCUCUUCACUGACUCCUCCUCAGCCUGCUCCUCCGUCUACCCUGAGUUCAAGUUUCCAUUUCCAUUCCAUUUCCACACCCAUUGUGUCAUGUUUUUGCGGAAACUCUAUAAGGCGGAUACUUCGUCGACAAUCGUGAUUGGUGAAUCUCUGGUACCUGAGCCAUAUCUCCCUCGUAGUGUCGGACUCAAUUCGGGCACGCUAUACUACAUCCUAUCCGUCUGACAUCACAAGUACACCCGCAGAGUCAACAAGCUCCCAAGCAAAACUUUCCAGUAGCGACAAUGGGAGGGGGGAAAGAUGGUCGGGGGUGAAUAAUCCGAUGGGUUGAUUGGAGAGAUCUGGAGGAAAGGUUGAUGAUGCUUCACACCACUCGAGCAUGCUAUCAAUAUGAUGCAGAUGUACGACGCAGAGUACAGUACUGCAUCCGAAAUAUCAAUUUGACAUCAAAAUAUACGUAUUUGAGGAGCUGCGAUCAAUAGGUGCAACAUCCAUAGAGAAUAGAUAGAUGGGUGAUAUGGUGUUUAUACCGAAGUACUCUUCCGUCCCUCGUACAGCUUCAAGAACUAUCAUUUAUCUCUAGCUCUAAUAAAGCGUCUCCUUGUAAUAAAUCAAUCAAUCAAUCAAUCUCUCGAAUCCUAUCCGGCCCUCAAAAUGUCAACUCUCCCCAGUAACCACCCACUUUCAUUGCGCCCAGCACCAAAUACAUCCAGUACCUCCAUUCCAUUACCCCAAUUAAUCGCAAGAAUCAAUGCCGAACGAGGUGGUUUUCGCAAUAUUUCAGAAGACAGCCUGCGACUAGAAAUUGCGGAAGCUGAAGCUGGAGGCAAUGAAGAGGAGAAUGAGAGUUCCAGUGAGGACGGAGAAGCAGAAGAGGAACCUGAUCGGUUGAAAGAACUUCUCACAGCAAGAGAUGAGAUCCUUGGUCAAAUUGAACAUGCACAUAAUGCUGCCAUGAUAUCUCUUGAUUUUAUAUCCCUACUUCUUUCAAAAGAUGCCCCCGUACAAGCUAGCACAUCAAUAUCACCAUCACUUCGUGAAUUGGCUGGAAUGGGCACCUUGGGGGCGGAUAAGACAGUAGCUUCACGAUAUACUAAGGAGCAAAACCAAGAAAAUAAAAAGAUAGCUAAGGGUUGGAAAGCAUCAAAUCUUAGCAAAACUGUAGAUUCGAUUUUGGCAUCUGCCACCCGGCUAGAAAAAGAAAUCGACGCGGAAACAAAAUAUUGGGAACAAGUACUUGCUGUUAGUGAAAGUGGAUGGGCAGUAUGUCGGUUGCCCCAAGAAAAACAUACAUUGGGUGUUAGAUUUGGAUUUUCAGAGGCCUCGCCAACAUUUCGAAAUCGUAGUCUCGGUGCACUCAGACGAAAUCCUGAUGGAUCAAUAUAUUUGGACCAAGGGAUUGCAAGUCCAGAGCCUCAGAGUAUACGAGUUUUGAUCGAAACCAAUGGAGUUACAACUGGAGAAACUAUACUUCCUAAAGCAGUACCACAUGAUGCACCUAUACAAGAUUUAAUUCUUCAAGCACGAAACACUAUUUUUGCCUCUGAACUAUGGCAAGAAAUGACUCGAGAGGUUAGAACUCUCGCGUCUCAUGGUCUCCAAUCGGAUUCGAAAACGAACACAAUCAGAUUUCCAAUUUCCCCAACUAAAAGAAUCUUAAUCGAGCUUCAGGCAGUACCUACUGAUCCUUUUCGACCAGUUCUUGGUCCAAGACCAGAUUCAUAUCUUGCCAAUGGUAUCUAUCUAACUCUUCACCUUCUUCUAUCUCUCUCACAUCGUCAACAAUAUCGUAUUCGGACUCGGCCACCACCACCAAUCUCUAGCCAGCCACGUCCGAACAACCCAUUUCCUAUUCUACGCUCUUUGGUGACUCGCCUCGCUCACGAAACGGUUGUUUCAUCUCUUCACUCACUUCUCACCCCGCUCUGUAAGACACUUACCUCUGCCUCCCUUCCAACCCCGCCAACCUACACCAUCAGCCCGGGUACUUCUCCACCUCUACUACAUCUUUCAACUCCCGAACGAAUACUCACAGCUUUAACAAAUCAACUCGAAUUCUUUACCACGAUCACAUUCCCCUUUCCCCUUUCAUCACCACCUCAUUCCUCAAUCCCAUCAUCUUUUUCACACACAACUCCACUUACUCCAUUACCUUCGUCCCUUCAAAUCCGUACCGUAACCACUACCCUCAACUACUCUCGACCAAUCUACUAUCUGCGCAUAACACCAGAAACUUCUCCUCUCCUUCAAAUCUGCCCACCACCCAACACAGUCCCAGAAUGGGAUUAUGUAAAAAAUUACAUUCUCUGGGCCGUCAGCUGUUGGCUUGCGCACAUCUUCUCCUCUUCAUCAAAAACAAGCGAAGAUAAAGAGGAACCCUGGAAACCCACAACCCAACCUAACAUACUCCGCAAAACCUUUUCGGGAGAAUCACCAAAUGAAGGAGGCGUCAAACAAAUCUGUUUCGACGUCUCUUCAAUUCCUAUCCUGGGACCAGAAGCUCCUACGAAGAUUGGAGAAAAGGAGAAGGAAAAAAUUAAAAUCUCGGUGAGGUGGGAGUGGACGACGGGCAUGGAGCAGGAGUGGAAGGACAAGAAAGAUUUGAAAAGCGGGGAGGGGGUGUAUGAUUGGUAUUAUGGUGGGGGUGGAGAUGGAAUUGCAGAGUUGCAAGGAGGAGAAUUGGAGAAGAUGGUUAGGAAAAUGGGGGAUGUGGUUGAGGAGGCUGGGCGGGGGAGGAGUAGAAGUUAGGGAGUGGGAAAUAGGUGGUAGCUAGCUCAUUGCUCAUGCAUCGGAUGGAGUAAUAAGUAGACUAUCUGCUUGCUUGCUGCGUGAUUUUCAUGGUCUGUAUAUCCAUAUAUAUACCUACCUUUAUCUUAGCAUAGUAUAGUAUACCAUAUUACAAUACACUACACGAAUGUUACCUCUUCUAUCAUCAUAAUCAAUAUCAAUAUCAAUAUCAAUAUCAAUACCA